CUGAGCCAUACAUCACCCCGUCAUCUUUAUUUGAUGACGUGGAGCUCUUAUGCAGGCCCAUCGGCCGCACCAUCGCCCCGUCGUCUUUAUUUGACGACGUGGAGCUCUUAUGCAGGCCCCUCGGCCGUACCAUCGCCCCGUCGUCUUUAUUUGACGACGUGGAGCUCUCAUGCAGGCCCCUCGGCCGCACCAUCGCCCCGUCGUCUUUAUUUGACGACGUGGAGCUCUUAUGCAGGCCCCUCGGCCGCACCAUCGCCCCGUCGUCUUUAUUUGACGACGUGGAGCUCUUAUGCAGGCCCCUCGGCCGCACCAUCGCCCCGUCGUCUUUAUUUGACGACGUGGAGCUCUUAUACAGGCCCCUCGGCCGCACCAUCGCCUCGUCGUCUUUAUUUGACGACGUGGAGCUCUUAUGCAGGCCCCUCGGCCACACCAUCGCCUCGUCGUCUUUAUUUGACGACGUGGAGCUCUUAUGCAGGCCCCUCGGCCGCACACAUCGCCCAAUCGUCUUUAUUUGACGACGUGGAGCUCUAUGCAGGUCCCUCGGCCAUACAUCGCCUCGUCGUCCUUAUGCGACAACGUGGAGCUCUCGUACAGGCCUCUCGGCCCAUCGGCCUUACGUUCUGGUCAUCUUUAUUUGAUGAACCAGACAUCAUAUUGUGGACGGUCGCUCGACCCAUCCCUUAGUCAUCUUUAUUUGAUGACUAGGACUACUGAUCAUGAUGAGCUACCCACAUCUAGAGAUCGGCCUCGAC